GAUCCGUCCCCAGCUGCCCAAAGAGAAGAUAGAGGGAUGUCACAUCUGUACCUCAGUGACACCCGGCGAGCCCCAGGUGCUGCUGGGGAAGGACAAGGCCUUCACCUAUGACUUUGUCUUUGACCUGGACACGUGGCAGGAGCGGAUCUACACCACGUGUGUGGGGAAGCUGAUUGAGGGCUGCUUCGAGGGCUAUAAUGCCACCGUGCUGGCAUACGGGCAGACCGGCGCAGGGAAGACGUACACAAUGGGCACUGGCUUCGACAUGAGCAUCUCCGAGGAGGAGCAGGGCAUCAUCCCACGGGCCAUUGGCCACCUCUUCAGCGGCAUCGAGGAGCGCAAGCGCACGGCCGAGAGCCGAGGGGUGGCGGCACCUGAGUUCAAAGUCAGCGCCCAGUUCCUGGAGCUCUACAAUGAGGAGAUCCUGGACCUGUUUGACAGCACCCGUGACCCUGAUGCACGCCACCGCAAAUCCAACAUCAAAAUCCACGAGGAUGCCAGCGGGAGCAUCUACACCACGGGGGUCACGUCGCGCCUCAUCAGCUCGCAGGAUGAGCUGAUCCAGUGCCUAAAACAGGGAGCUCUUUCCCGCACCACCGCCAGCACCCAGAUGAACGUGCAGAGCUCCCGGUCCCAUGCCAUCUUCACCAUUCACCUGUGCCAGAUGAGAGUGUGUACCCGCCCAGAGCUGGUGAACGGAGAGGUGACUGGCCUCCUGGAUGGAUCCCAGCCCACCACUGAGUAUGAGACCCUCACAGCCAAGUUUCACUUCGUGGACCUGGCUGGCUCAGAGAGGCUGAAGCGGACAGGUGCAACCGGCGAGAGGGCGAAGGAGGGGAUCUCCAUCAACUGCGGGCUGCUGGCCUUGGGGAACGUCAUUAGUGCCCUCGGAGACCAGAGCAAGAAAGUCGUGCAUGUGCCCUACCGUGACUCCAAGCUCACCCGCCUGCUGCAGGAUUCCCUCGGGGGCAACAGCCAAACCAUCAUGAUUGCCUGUGUGAGCCCAUCUGACCGGGAUUUCAUGGAGACCCUGAACACGCUCAAGUAUGCCAACCGGGCUCGCAACAUCAAGAACAAGGUGGUAGUGAACCAGGACAAGACAAGCCAGCAGCUCAGUGCCCUGCGGGCCGAGAUCGCCCGGCUGCAGAUGGAGCUGAUGGAGUACAAGGCGGGCAAGCGAGUCAUGGGGGAGGAUGGUGCCGAGGGCUACAGUGACCUGUUCCGCGAGAAUGCCAUGCUGCAGAAGGAAAACAGUGCCCUGCGCAUGCGGGUGAAGGCCAUGCAGGAGGCCAUUGACGCCAUCAACAGCAGGGUCACCUACCUCAUGAGCCAGGAGGCCAACCUGAUGCUGGCCAAGGCAGGUGAUGGUAACGAAGCCAUUGGCGCCCUUAUUCAGAACUACAUCCGGGAGAUUGAAGAGCUGAGCCCAGAGAAGGAGGCGUUUAAGAAGCGGCAGAAACUGCAGCAGGACAACGGGGAGGAGACAGAUGAGAACGAGGUGGAAGAG